AUGUCGCCACCGAAAUCAGCCGCUGGAGCUCUCACCACCCGGUAUCCAAAUCGACAUGUUGGGCAGCAAAAAGUAAAGUCUGUUGAAAAAUUGGCUCCGACCAGAAGAGGCACAGAGCUCCCCCAAAUGGUUGGCGCUGAGAGCCCCAUCUCAGCCGCCCAUUCGCCCAAACCUUGGUUUGGAGAUGGGGCGGGAAGCGCCAAGAGAACGCCGGAUUUUCAGUGCGACGGAAUGGGCGCAAUUAGCGUCGAGAUAGUGCACAUCCUGAGAGGCCGCAAAGGGGCCUUGGCUGAGGGAACCAUCAAAGCUUCCUUGCCAAUUGAUAUCUGA